AUGGCUCAGGCUGGAGCCGUAGUCGCAGCUGCCACCGGACUCCUCAUCUUCUUCCUGUACGCCUCCAUCCACAAAGUUGAGGAGGGGCACCUGGCUGUGUACUACAGGGGUGGAGCACUGUUAACUAGUCCCAGUGGGCCAGGCUACCACAUCAUGCUGCCCUUCAUCACCACCUUCAAAUCUGUGCAGACCACGCUGCAGACUGAUGAAGUGAAGAAUGUGCCCUGUGGGACCAGCGGCGGAGUCAUGAUCUACAUCGACCGGAUAGAGGUGGUGAACAAGCUGGCACCCAGUGCAG